GGGAGCUUGUUCCACCAUUGGGGUGCCAGAGCAGCGAACAGUUUUGACUGGGCUGAGCGGGAACUGUGCUUCCUCAGAGGUAGGGAGGCGAGCAGGCCAGAGGUGGAUGAACGGAGUGCCCUUGUUUGGGUGUAGGGCCUGAUCAGAGCCUGAAGGUACGGAGGUGCCGUUCCCCUCACAGCUCCGUAGGCAAGCACCAUGGUCUUGUAGCGGAUGCGAGCUUCGACUGGAAGCCAGUGGAGAGAGCGGAGGAGCGGGGUGACGUGAGAGAACUUGGGAAGGUUGAACACCAGACGGGCUGCGGCGUUCUGGAUGCUAACUGGCAAAUAAAGAAUCUUAGAUUUACAAAAAUCCUCACUGCUUGCCAUGCAAAUAGAGUGACAAACUGCCAACCAAAGAGAACACACUUAAGACCAAGAUGACCACCAAGAAGGCAGAUUUCCAGCGGAGGAUUGUCUCCAAGGAUGGACACAACCAAGUGCGCAUUGACAACGUGGAGGGCAUGGUGAAGCUCUAUCUCCACGACAUCUGGACCACGGUGGUGGACAUGAAGUGGCGUUACAAGCUCACACUGUUCUCCUCCACCUUCGUCAUGACCUGGUUCCUCUUCGGCGUAAUCUUCUACUUCAUCGGCAUGGGCAACGGUGACUUCAAGGGUGAGCUGCUGUCCAACCACACGCCGUGCAUCAUGAAUGUCGAGACCCUUACCGGCGCCUUCCUCUUCUCCCUGGAGUCGCAGACCACCAUUGGCUACGGUUUCCGCUACAUUACCGACGAGUGUCCACUGGCCAUCUUCGUCCUGGUGGUCCAGCUGGUCACCACGGGCCUGGCUGAGAUCUUCGUGACCGGGGCCUUCCUGGCCAAGCUGGCACGACCCAAGAAGCGGGCCGAGACUAUAAAGUUCAGCCAGUCGGCGGUGAUCUGCCGGCACGAUGGCAAGCUAUGUCUGAUGGUGCGUGUGGCCAACAUGAGGAAAAGCCUGCUGAUCCAGUGCCAGCUGAUCGGCAAGCUGCUUUCGCCCAACGUGACCGAGGAGGGCGAGAAGACGCUGAUCCACCAGACAGCUGUGGACUUCUACAUGGACUCAUGCGGGGAGUGCCCCUUCCUAAUCCUGCCCCUCACAUUCUAUCACGUGUUGGAUGAGAGCAGCCCGCUGGCGGGGCUGACCGCUGAGAGGUUGCGGACGCGUGACUUUGAGCUGCUGGUCACCCUCAACGCCACCAUGGAGUCCACGGCAGCUACGUGUCAGAGCCGCACAUCGUUCGUUCCCCAGGAGAUCCUGUGGGGCUACGAGUUCAAGCCCGUGCUCUUCAGCACCCCCAGUGGCCGGUACGUGGCUGACUUUAACUUCUUUGACAAGGUGCAGUUAAGCAGCGACCCGACACUCCUCAGCAACAACACAGAGAAGCUGAAAUUGGAGGAGGUGUACAAGAAGGAAUAAGGGAGGACACUCAAACAUGUUGGACACACUGGUAAUAAACAUGAUCCACUUUAAUGGUUGUUUAACCAUAGUUAUUGUCUAUAAACAAUUUGGAAAUACACCCAGCUAGCAAAUUUGGUUCCUUGGAAGUUGUGGGAACGUAUGUUUUUGGUUUCACAUUGGUUAUGUGAACGAAGCCAUAUGUUUCCAUAAGUUGAAAAUUUUGCCUGUUCUGGGAAUAUUUAUUUUUAGGUUGCAGGAAGGUCCUGCGAACGUUUUACUCUGGUUCCUUUAAAGUUUUUCUGGGAGGUUUUAUUAAACCUAAAAUUAUAGGUUAUUUGGAGGUUUUUGAAUAACUUCCUUAAAAUGGUCACUGAAUGUUUCAAUAAGCCUUUUAAUAAUACUGCUAGCUUGUUUUGGGUUAAUGUUUUUGAACUCCAAGCAUUUCCUUAAGCAUUAAUCAUGCAAACACAUGUAUUUGUUAUUGUGACACAGCAUCAGUGGGUUUAUGAACCUAUGAUCUUCUGUUCUCUAUCCAUGGUAUUAGUCCACUGCGCCAUCAGGAAGGAGCUAACAUGGCAUAUUUUUUACACAUACAAAGCUGUUAAUUUUAGUAUGCUCGUACAGACCUCAUUUCAAAGGAAACGAGACCUCAUUAAGAUCAGGUGUGGCCAAUUAGUGGCCGGCCAACACACCUGAACACACCUGAACACACUUAACAAGAUACAGGCUAGAGAGAGUUUUGUAGAUGCUGAGAACAGAAUGUAUAUGUUUUUAAAUAUCAAUCUUAGAACGUUCUCUAAACAUUACAAAAGUUUACUUGAGGAUUUAUACAGAAUGUUUUCUUAACAUUCUCUGAACUUUUUGAGAACAUGACUUUAAAUAUAACCAUGAGGAAGCCUGUAGGAAACAUUAUGCUGAAGUACCGAAAUUCCCACAGAAUAACAUUGUUUCUUAAUGUUCUUGGAACAAUUUGAGAAUGUGACUUUAAACAUGACCAUGUGCACCCGCACAUUGACUAUGUACCGGUAGUACCCCCUGUAUAUAGUCUCGCUGUUGUUAUUUUACUACUGCUCUUUAAUUACUUGUUCCUUUUAUUUCUUAUUGUUAUUCAUAUUUUUUAAACUGCAUUGUUGGUUAGGGGCUUGUAAGUAAGCAUUUCACUUUAAGGUCUACACCUGUUGUAUUCGGCGCAUCUGACUAAUACAAUUUGAUUUGAUUUGAGGAACUGUUAUGCUGAAGUACUGAAAUUCCCACAGAAGAACGUUGUUUCUUAACAUUCUCUGAACUAUUUGAGAACAUUCCCAAUGUCAAAGCAGUUGGAGAACUAAAAAACUAUAGGACAACCACGCUCUCAACAAGCUCUAAGAACCAUAUCGUUCUCAGAACGUUAUGUGCUAGCUGGGCACAGUACGGAAAUAUAUAUGUUUGUAUAACUCAUAAACCUAAUGAGUGACUGCUGACAAAUUUAGGCAAAAAAAAUAAUGUUCCUGAUCAGUGUGCAUCUGGUCAGAGUACAUUCAUGUGCUGUGUACAGUAUAUUUGGCAUAUUAUUUGUAUUUACAAGCUUUAUAAUAGGAGUAUAUGGACAUGCAUUCAGAAUAAGGACUGCGUCUCAGGUGCUGGUGUUUGUGUUAUUGAAUUUGUGGCAGUAACUGUUGCUGUACUAGAAAAAAUUAUGGAGGAUUCCAGAAAAACAGAUUCAAGAUGUUGUUUCUUUUUAUCACUCAAGUUGUAUAUUUUAAUGAAUUAUACAUAUUUCACUCUAAAGAUAUAUGGGGAUAUAACAAAACUAGUUUGAGAUAAUGGCUGUGUAAUGCUUAAAAGCUGUGUUCCAUCUGUAUCUCUGAAUAAACCAUUGGCUUUCAAGAA